AUGUUGGAUGCAGUGGUCAGUUACUGCACGUUGAGUUCUGCUCAACAGAUGGCUGCAUAUCUAACUAAUUUAGUAGCGAGUUGUCUCUCGAUUAUAGGAUCAUCGGCAAUCAUUAUCAACUAUCUCUUCUUUUUAGGUGCAAACAAACGAAAUCAACCACUAUAUCAAUUAAUUUUAUAUCUUUCUGUUUCCGACUUUUUUGGUUCAAUAUCUAUUUGUAUUUCUCAAUCUGUAUUAUUGUCAAGUCUAACAUAUUACCAUAGUUUUUGUAUCAUUAUUAGAGCAUCUAUAAACUUCUUUUUUGUAUCUAGUUUUAUGUGGAUGAGUUGUAUAGCGUUCCAUGCAUUUUGGUCAUCGAGACAACGCUCGCAAAUUCCACUGAUUGUUUUUCAUGCAUUUUCGUGGGGUGUGCCCGUGAUUAUGACUGGUGUAAUGGUUGGCAAAGGCAUGAUCAUUCAGGAGGAAGACACUGGCUAUUGCCAUCCCGACCCAGAGGCACGCUAUCUAUUUUGGUAUGGCCCUCUGAUUUUCACAUUCGCUUGGAACAUUUUGUUUUAUGCACUGAUUCUCUGGCGAUAUCGUGCAUCGAUGCGUCCGAUGGGCGAGAACAUGGAUCGUAACAGCAUCAACACUCAACAGACAGCUUCACACAGAUUCGUCAGCGAGCGAAAGCGCAAGAUUCACGCCAAGGUCGCCCGUCAACUCGGAGUCUAUCUCUUGGCAUUCCUGAUAUGCUGGCUGCCCGAUUUGAUCGAUAAUUUCGUGGCGACACCAGCUCGCUACUGCGAACUCUACUGGCUUUGGGUGCUACAGAACUUCACCACUCCACUCCAAGGUUUCCUCAACUUUAUUGUCUAUGGUAUCACCAGCAGAAUGUUCUUGCGUUGUAAGACAACACCAACCGACAUCAGAGCCCUACAUGAAAGUAGAUCACAAAAGAUUAGUUUACUUCGUGGUGUAGCUGAUUAA